AUGGAGGGACAUGUUUUUGCUAGUCGGUUGAAAGAACACGAGAACCAAUUGGUUGUUGACUUGACUAAUCAGAAUUUUAAGCCACAUGACAUACUCUCAAUAUUAAAGGAGUGUGACGAGAAUAAUUUUUCUACACUAAAAACCAUAUACAAUGCACGUCUCAAGCUUCGCUUGUCCAGAAAUUUCGGAAAAACUCCAAUGAAGGUUCUAGUGGAAAUUUUAAUGGAGAAACAUUUUGUUAUGGAGUUCUCCGUAAACUAUAUUUCAAAUGAAUUGGAAAAUCUAUUCUUUGUUCAUUCACAUUCGUUGAAUAUAUGGAAAACAUUUCCACACGUUUUGAUUAUAGAUGCAACAUACAAGACCAACAAAUAUUGUAUGCCUUUUGUUCAGAUUGUUGGUACAACUUCAACCAACAAGACAUUUAACAUAACUUUUGCCUUCAUCAUUAAUGAAAAGGAGGAGAGCUAUAAUUGA